GAGUCGUUCCUUUGUUCACGUAAGGUAAACGUCGCACUCGGCUAGUCGCAAGGUUUGCGUUCCAACGUAAGCUCCUGGGAAUCAUGAUGGAUCCCCUGGUACCAAGCGUCUUCCCAGUCGUCCUAUCCUGGACGGGCUUCUGGUUGGGUCCACACGCCGCGAAGACUCGGGCCAUCUUGGUGUCUCUCUGCAUGGUGCUACAGACGUUUCAGCAGUCUGGCUUCGUGGCCCCGAGACACCACAAUCGCCACAUCCAGACCGUCGACGUCUGGUUCGUCGCCUGCCACGUCUUCAUCAUAGCCAGCUUGCUGGAGUUGGUGCUCGUCAGCAACGCGGUCCAGUCUCGCAAGUCGAACGCAGCGGAUUCGAGGGAGGACCUCCACCUGGAGGUCGCGGCGGCCGACGCCAACCUCAUGGGGAAGGUUGGCCUGAACUUCAGGCGAGUGCAACUGUCCCCCGAGGAAAUGGACGAUUCCUGCAAGACCCUGUUCCCGGCGUCCUUCGUGCUGGUCGCCUUCAUGCACGGCAGCGCGUUCGGGUGGCCCCUUCUGCAGAACACCGAUCCGGCGUCGCUGAGUGCACUGCCCAUCCGCUUGGCUCUAUGAAAGACCGCUUGGACUCGGGCCGAAGUGCUAUUUUAACGGAUGGGUUGGGAAAAGGCUUGGCCCCUAUAAUUCGGGCUAACCGUCCGCGACGUUUGGUAUUAAUCUAAUUCCUAAUCUCGUUUUUUGUAAGUGCGACAAAGUUGACAUUGAUGUGGACAAACUAUGGCGUUCAGACUCCAGCGAAUGUUACCUAUGAUUGAGUAUAAAAAUAAAAAGAAAAACGCCGACUGUUUAGAGCUCCUCGACGCUUGUUUCUAUGCGCCGACAAACUCAGGGAGAGGAGGACACGAGAGGGGACGUCAGAACGCCGAGCUCUGAUUGGACGGUUUAGGGGGUAGGCCUAAAGCUGUCUUUGCCUCCACUGCACUUUCGACGACUUUCAUACGGCACAAAACUUGAAAGUAUAAAACA